AUGGAGGGGGACGGGGGGGCGUCCAGUACGCCCGCCCCGGGGGGCGUCGAGGUGGCCGCCCCCGCGCCCGGCCCGGGGACCGACCCGCCCGGCUACCGGCUGCAGGACUUCGACACGCUGGCCACCGUCGGCACUGGUACUUUUGGGCGGGUUCACCUGGUCAAAGAGCGAACAGCCAAGCAUUACUUCGCCCUCAAGGUCAUGAGCAUUCCCGACGUCAUCCGUCUAAAACAGGAGCAGCACGUGCACAAUGAGAAGUCAGUCCUCAAAGAGGUCAACCAUCCGUUUCUGAUCCGACUAUAUUGGACUGAUCACGAUGACCGGUUUUUGUACAUGUUGAUGGAGUACGUGCCCGGAGGGGAGCUUUUCAGUUACCUACGUAACAUGGGACGCUUCAACAACAGCACAGGACUGUUUUACUCCACGGAAAUCAUCUGCGCGAUAGAGUACAUCCACUCCAAAGAAAUAGUUUACAGGGACCUUAAACCCGAAAACAUCCUCUUAGAUAAAGAAGGCCACAUCAAGCUUACGGAUUUUGGAUUUGCGAAGAAGAUGGUCGACAAGACAUGGACGCUGUGCGGAACGCCUGAAUACCUGGCCCCCGAGGUCAUUCAGAGUAAAGGUCACGGAAGGGCAGUGGACUGGUGGGCCCUAGGAAUUCUGAUAUUUGAGAUGCUGUCAGGGUUUCCUCCAUUUUUUGAUGACAACCCGUUCGGCAUUUAUCAAAAAAUCCUGGCGGGCAAAAUAGAUUUCCCCAGGCAUUUGGAUCUCUAUGUAAAGGACCUUAUUAAGAAGCUUCUUGUCGUCGACAGGACGAGACGACUAGGCAACAUGAAGAACGGAGCGGAUGAUGUCAAAAGGCAUCGGUGGUUCAGAUCGAUCGACUGGGAGGCAGUACCUCAGAGAAAAUUGAAGCCUCCUAUAGUGCCGAAGGUAUCGAGCGAUGGGGACACGUCCAAUUUUGAAGCUUAUCCUGAAGAUGACUGGAACAAGACUCCUCCCGUACCGCCUAAGGACUUGGAAAUCUUUAAGAAUUUCUGAAAGGAACUGGAAGAUUGGAGGUAGGAGAGCGUUUGGGGAAGAGCGUUCUGCGUGGAAAUGGAGCAAGUCCUCAUUGAGGAAGAGGAAUUUUCCGUAUUCGUGUCUGCACAUAUUUAUAUAAAGAGCUCGGCGGGCAGGUGAAGUUCACUUUGAACAGUACAAUCUGGCAUUAGUUCAGUCGAUGCUAUUACCAAACAUCUACUCAGUUGUGGACCCAUGGAUUAUAUUGUUUUGUUGUCCAUUUUAAUUUAUAUUCUAGUGUUUCCUGCUCUCCCAGAUUAUUUUGCUUAAUUAUAUCGUAGACUUAACUUUAUAAGUUUAUACUAAACUGUGUCAUUAUAAGCACAAAUUAGUAUAUAUGUAUAUAAAGAGAACAAAAUGACUAAAGCACAGUGGCUGUGCAAAGAUGUAAAUGUUUGUAUUUUGCAGAGUUUAUGAUUUUAUUUUUCAAGCAAUUUUUUUUUAAAAGAGGCAGUUCUCUGGGGGAGACAAAAAGUCAGUUUUUUCAUCAUCUUAUAUACAUUUUAUAAUUCUUUGUAAAAAAAAAAAAAAGAUGUACCUAAAAUGUCUGAUACUUCAUGUUUGCAUCUGUUGUACUUGAAAGCAGAGGAAUGGGAAAGAAGGCAUUUUCUCGUCAGUUCAAGAGAACUUGACACAUUUAAGGUGUCCAUUGCUCAAGCGUUUCGGAACCAUUUUCUGUGUCGUCGUGUCUCGCAACUCCCAUUUUUUUGUUUGUGUGUGCGCGGCUGUGCGUGCGGUGGGAUUUCCACGAGUCUGAGACUGAAAGCUUAACUCGGAGGCCUGAAAUCCGAGCGUACGUGCAUGGCCGGUAACGGACAAGUUUGUGUUUAACAUUGGACCCUGCCGGCUGUGGUUUCUUUCCUACGUUUACUUCAUCCCUUGGUGUUUGAGGGAGAGGGAGGGAUACCCAAAGGAAUAUUCCCCUCCGUGUGAGCACAACAGGAAGCAUUUUGGUUAACUUCAAAUCGUUCUUCACAGCGCGGUGGUUUAUAACCGCCGCUGAGGCCCUCGGGAGGUGAAACGGGGUUAUCGCUCAGAUCUUUGCCAGUGGAAGCUAGGGAGGUGCCUGAAAACAUGAAAAGUUCAGAAAACAGAGCCCGUGGCAGAAUUCCAGUUGUCAUCCCUAGCCAAAAGAAACCACAGUGUUCCCUUGUAGCUGAGAGGCUUGUCGACCUAAAGAGUAAACCCUCGGACAUCCCUUCCACUCUGCCUCUCCUCCGCUACAGGAUUGGGUGGCCUGAAAACUUUGACAAUGAUUAAAAUUCUCUCUCACACAUCAAAAAACUAGUGAAGUUUUU